UGCCCCGUCCUCCUCCCUCGGGCAGAGCUUUCUGGAAAGCCGCCGCCAGGCCAGGCCAGGCCGGGGUCAGAUUGCUGGCGGCCGCUGCCUCCCAGGCCCGCGUCCCAGCCACAAGCCCGUGCACAUUUAUAGCAGCUUCCAUGUGAUCCGGGCAGACGAAGGGCGAGGGCAGCCCGGAGCGCCGGCAUCCGGAGAGCCUUCCUGCUCCCCCCCAGGGGCCCCGGCGCCUCUGCUAAACCCCGCGGGACGCUGGGCACCGGGACUGGCCAUGGGCAACGAGCAGAGCGCCUCGGAGAGCCAGAGGACCUCAUCAGCGCCGAGUCCGGGGUCCCUGCAGCCCCCCGGGACCAGUCAGAGCGCGAAGAGGAAGCCGGAGGAACAGCCCAGGAGCGCGGGCCACGGAGACGCGCCCAGCGUCACGCAAGGAGCCGCCUGCACCGCUUCUGAGGGUGCGGCCGGCCUGGAUCCAGGCAUCGUGUCCCCGGAGGUGACUGAGCCAAGGAAGCACCCACAGAAAGCCGGGGGCCCAGCCGGCUCUCCACUGCCCAGCCCGCCAGCGCCCCGGGAGCCCGAGAGCACCCCCAGCUCCAUGCCCGGAGCCGAGGACCCCCCUGAAGUUUACUCCGUCAGCCCCCCCGCAGCGCCUGAGGACUGGCCCCUCGUCCAGCCCCUCGCUCAGCGCUCCGGGAGGCAGCCUUCUCCAGGGGCCCAGGGAGACGCCCUGGCAUCGCUCGCCCCUCCUGGGGGCUGCCCUGUCCAGCGCACGGUGGCUGCCUCUGGCCCCCGGGCUGGAGGAGUGGGAGCCCUGAAGGAAGAGGGGCCGGAGUCAGCCUCCUUCAGGUCCAGGGAUCAGGCGCCAGGACUUUCGCCAGCACCUCCCGGAGGGCGGAUGGAGGCAGCGCUGGGCGGGGAGGCCGGCCGGCCCCGGGGUGUCCAGUCCCAGAGGGAAGAGGCUGCAGGUGAUCUCACUCCGCCAGCCUCCGGGCGGGGGGCCGCUUCUGUCCAGGUGCCCCCCACGAGCCCCCCUGCAGCCCCGUCCGGCCAGGGGAGCUCAGCGGGCCUGGAGCAGUGCCCCCCGAGGCCUGAGCCCCCCAGCCCCCAGGAGCCAGCCUCCAGCACCCCUGGCGGAGGGAGCUGCUCAGCAGAGAGGCCGCGCCCGGAUUUCGUCGCGGACUUGGGGGCCUGCCGUCCCACGGGGAGCAUCUCCGGGGCUGCCCCCCAGGAAAGCCGCCAGGACCCGCCGCCUCCUGCCCUGGGGCCAGGAACCGGGGGCUCUGGGACGGAGACUGUAGAUGCCAGCGACUCUCAGUGCCCCUCGAAGACACGGGUGCCGGGAGCCAAGCCCAGUGAUGCCGUCGGCAUGGCGGCAGGGGGCCCUCCCGAGGGGGCUCUGCCCGUGGGCAUCCAGGAGCCACGACCCGCUGCCCUGCCCGCCGCUCAGGCCCCUGUGGCCGCAGAAGAACCCGGCCGGCUGGCCCGGGAGACGGUGUCCGGCCCCGAGGUGGCCGUGCUUACAGAUUCGGCCAAAGAACCGGCAGAUGUGUGGUUGGCCAGACAGGAGCGCCCGUCAGAUCUCAGAGGUGUGGGAGACGGCCCUGCCCGUGCGCCCCAGGAGAGCGGGCAGCCCUGGGACACGGAGCCGAGCCACCACGUCCAGCAGGGGGUGCCGCCCCCUCCCCCCAGCACAUCGGACGAAGGCGCCAGCCAGUCACGGUGGCCACAGGAUGAGGCCCAGGCCCCUGACGGCCCAGGUGGGGCAGAGCAGGGAAGCCAACCACCCAGGGCUGGUCCGGGGGGAGAGGAGCAGGGCCCAGAGCCUCCCGGCGGGGCAGAGCCUGGGGACCUGGGGGGACAGCAGCCCCAGGCCCUCGGCCACAGGCCUGACCCAGAGACGGACAAAGAGGAGGCUUCCCAGGUGACCAGUGACGGGAGCCAGAGGGGGGCCGGGGACUUGCUCAUUCCGGGACACGAUCAGCAGGACAGCCCGGGGCACCCAGGACCAGCAGCUGUGCCCCCGGGAGCCCCCCUCCAGCCAGGCCGGCCGGGGCCAGACGCCGCUGCCUCUGAGGUGCCCGGGGAGCAGGCGCGGCCGUGUGAACGUGAGCGCGAGGCCUCUCUGCGUGAUCCAGGCCCUGCGGACGCUCCCCAAGUCCCCGCGCCCCGGGCACCGCGGGAGGAUGCAAGCUUGCCCACCCGCGGAGGAGAGGGGCCGGCCUCCACAUCGGAGCGUCAGCGUGGGCUCCCCGAGGGCAGGCUGCCUGGUGCCCCGAGUUCAGGCCCCGGGGACUCCGAGCCGGAGAGCCCAGUGACGGAGCGGUCAGAGCUGCCCGCGCUCGGGGGGCCUGGGCCAGAGGCGGCGGGCAGUGCCAGCCAGCCCUCCGGGGCCCUGCUUCCUGCAGCGGACCCCCCACAGGCCUCGCCCCUGGCAGGGGGCCCGGGCACCGAGGAGAGCCGUGCUGGGCAGGGCCCCCCCGGGUCCCAGCAGGAGCCUGGAGCGCGGGAGGCCGGCGGCCAGCGUGGAGCAGCGUGUCCGGGCGACGCGGGCGAGUCUGAAGCCGCAGAGGCUUGGCCUCCGGGUCAGGGUGUGGGCACAACGCAGGGGGCAAGUGGGAACACGGCGGGGGCCCCGCCCCGCGGGCCUGACUCAGGAGCUCCGGGGGGUGCAGCUCGCUGCCUGCCCGCCCCGGCGCCCGCCAGCCCCGGCCUCACAGCCACAGGGGGUGCCCCGGAGAGGGAGGCGGGGGGUGAACCCCGGGAAGGCGCCUCCCAGCCAGCGCCCGCCCCGCGGGAGGAGAUGGACGCAGGGGCCCCGGACCGUCUCGGACGUCGCCCACCCGCGGAGGAGCGGGGUGUGGGGGGUGCGGCUGCCCGGGCCGCUGAGGACGCUGACGGAGGGGACCUGGGCGUGCAGCCGCCUCCAGACCAGCCAGGAGGAGGCACUCUGAGCAGUGGCAUCCGUCAGCCCGAGCAGCGGCCCUGCCCCGGGGAGCAGGCUCCCGCCCCUGCUCCGGGCGAAGCCGGCCACACCGAGCUGCCCUCUGCCAGCACCGUGGGCACUCUCCCAGCCCAGGUGGACACUAUCUCUGCCAGCACCGUGGACACUCCUCCAGCCCAGGUGGACACUUCCACAGCCCAGGUGGGCACUCCUCCAGCCCAGGUGGACACUCCUCCAGCCCAGGUGGACACUUCCACAGCCCAGGUGGGCACUCCUCCAGCCCAGGUGGACACUCCUCCAGCCCAGGUGGACACUUCCACAGCCCAGGUGGGCACUCCUCCAGCCCAGGUGGACACUAUCUCUGCCAGCACCGUGGACACUCCUCCAGCCCAGGUGGACACUAUCUCUGCCAGCACCGUGGACACUCCUCCAGCCCAGGUGGACACUAUCUCUGCCAGCACCGUGGACACUCCUCCAGCCCAGGUGGACACUAUCUCUGCCAGCACCGUGGACACUCCUCCAGCCCAGGUGGACACUCCUCCAUCCCAGGUGGGCACUCCCACAGCCCAAGUGGACACUCCUCCAGCCCAGGUGGACACUUCCACAGCCCAGGUGGGCACUCCUCCAGCCCAGGUGGACACUAUCUCUGCCAGCACCGUGGACACUCCUACAGCCCAGGUAGAUACUCCCGCGGCCCAGGCUGUUCCCGACCUGGAGAGGCUCCUGCCCUCUGGGCCCCUGGUGGAGGCUGCCCGGGACACCCCUUACCUGCAUAUAGAUGGCGCCCCCAGGAAAGGGGCAGAAGAUGGUCCCAGAGGUGAAGGCCCUGGCCCCCUGGGGGAGCCCCCGUUUGCCUCGGGAAAUGCCACCUCGGCCUCCGGGAUGCUGGCUGCCGGCCACCUCGCCUCCCUCUCGCAGCCCGGAGCUGCCCGUGGCGACGUCCCUGUGGCUGGGGCCUCUGAGGGGCCCGGGGACCCUGUGCCCUACCUGGACAGCACGCCGCUUCCGGCCGGUGGCGAGCAGGUGACAGGGGGGGAGGAAGCUGCACCUGGAGCCGGCCCCCGGGCCCCCGAGGUCCCUGUAGGCCCUGGCAGUGAGCGGGGCCCGGAGCGCAGCGGGGACAGGACGGGGGAACCCCCCCAGGACCCCGACAGGGGCACCUCGGGUGGCGUGGACGCCAGCCCCAGGCAGAGCGGCCCCAUCGCUGGGUUCUCCGACUUCCGGGAGCACAUCACCAAGAUCUUUGAGACGUCGGUGCGCGGAGCCCUGGCCGACCGGCCCCAGCGCGCACCUGCACCCGGAGAGAAGGUGGGGGCCCCCAGGAGUGUGGGGGGCAAGGACCUCGACGGGCCGCUGAGCCCAGGGAAGCUUCCAGACGGGACUCCAGCCGUGGCCGCCGCCCCUGUGCCCGCCCCACCCACCGGCCUCCGCGUGGACGCAGAGCCGGGCGGGGGGCAGGACCCGCCAGGUGCCCAGGCGGGCGAGGUCGUGGCUGGGGGCCCCCCGGUGCCGAAGGACAGCGAGCAGCCGGAGGGGGCCCGGGGGGCUGGGCUGGGGCGGGGAGGCCAGACCCACUCGCGCUCCCUGCGGGGCAGCGGCCGGCAGGAGGCGGCUUCAGGUCCUUCCUCGCCAGAGGCGCCCGUGGAGAAAGCGGCUGGCGCACAGGCGGCCGCCCGGAGCCACCGGGAAGCGGACUCGGUUCCAGACGACAGAAUUCCUUCAGGAGAACAGCACCGGGGCGCGUGCGCCAGCCGCCGGCCACCCCAGGCAGAGGGCGCCGGGGGCCCUGCCCCCCCAGCAGCUCCCGGGGACGUGCCCGCAUCCACCUCUGCCCUGGGGGCCCCUUCUCCCAGUGGGGAUGCUCUGACGGGGGCCGAGGCCGCCCCUGAGCCCUGCCCGCCUGGCACACUUGUGGGCGAGGGGCAUGGAGGGGCUGCUGGGAUCUCAGAGACACAGAAGGCCCCGGGGCCCGGCCUGGCCGCAGGAGGUGCCAGGGAAGCAGAGGGUGACGUCGCUCUGAGCACAGCUGAGACCGGGGCCCGUGCGCCUGGUGACCCUCCGGGGGCAGGUGCCAUGAAGAUGCCCUCUGCGGUGGCUGCCGCCUGGGGACCGCCAGGGGACCAGGGGGGCCCGGGCAGCUCCGAGGGGCCCCAGCAGCCCACGCCCCAGCUGCCCACUCCCCCGGCGGCCAGGAAGGCAGGCGUCGCCUCACCUCCAGGACCUGAAGAAGCUGGGGACCCCCGCCUGGUCCCAGAGGCCUCCCGCGAGGAGAGCACCUCCCCGGCCGCUGCCCGUGCUGCUCGCCCGCCCCCGGCCUCAGCGCCCUCAGGACCUGCGUCUCCGCCUCCCGCCGCGGCUGGUGAUGGAGUAGAAGCCUCUGCAGGGGCCUGCCAGGCGGCAGCCAAGGACCUGGGCAGGAGCUCUGACUCGGAAGAAGCCUUUGAGACCCCAGAGUCGACGACCCCUGUCAAGGCCCCCCCGGCCCCGCCCCCGCCGCCCCCCGAGGUCGUCCCGGAGCCUGAGGUCAGCGCGCCCCCCUCCCCGGAAGAACCAGGCGGCGCCGAGCCGGCCCCCGGCCCCGAUGGCCCGUGCGGCGCCCCCGCGGAAGGCAGCCCGCUCCGCCCGCCCGCCCACUCCUGCUCCGCCGUCUUCGACGAGGACAAGCCCAUAGCCAGCAGCGGGGCCUACAACCUGGACUUCGACAGCAUCGAGCUGGUCGGCCACCCCCGGACCUCGGAGCCUCGGCCCUCGGACGCGCGGACGAGGUCCCCCGACGCCGGGGCCCCCGCCAGGGCCGCGCUGCCCCGCUCCCUCAGCCUGCAGGCCUGCGACCUCGAUGGUGCUUCCUGCGCGGGCGACGCUGAGGCCGCGGCCCCGGCCCCCGAAGCGAGCAGCCUGGGUCCGGGCAGCGACUCUGGUUCCCUCAAGCGGACGAAGAAGCCGAGGCCGCCUUCCCUGAAGAAGAAGCAGCCCCCCAAGAAGCCCCUGGAAGCGCCCCCCGUGCGAGAGAGUCCGCCGGCGCCGGCCGAGGAGAGCCCCGGGCCCAGCGAGGAGAACGGUGCCCCCGAGACAGACACGGAGUCGGCCCCCCGGGAAGCUCCUGGGCCCGCCCCCACCGAGGAGGCGCCCCUGGAACCCGCCGCCGUGCCCAAGGCCGCCGGCCCCGUGGACUCCGUGGGCACAGACGGGGCCGUCCCCCCUGCAGGGGGCAGAGUGCAGAACUCACCCCCUGUUGGCAGGAAAGCGGUGCCCCCUGCCCCGGCCCCCGAGGCAGUGGGGGUGACCCCAGCAGAGAGCCGGGGCCCCGAGGACCCCCCGGCCAGAGGGCUCUCGGUGAGGCUGGAGUUUGACUAUUCGGAGGACAAGGGCAGCCGGGACAGCGCACAGGACACCGCCCCUGCCCCCAAGAAGCUGGGCAAAAAGCCAGGCGCCAAAAUGCCCCUCCGGAGGCUGAAGGUGAAGAAAGGCCCCGAGAAGCUGGACAGCACCCCGGCCUCGCCCCCCCGGUCCCCCGCGGAGCCCAGUGACAUCCCUGUCGCCAAAGGCUCCUACACCUUCGACAUCGACAAGUGGGACGACCCCAAUUUCAACCCUUUCUCUUCCACCUCGAAAAUGCAGGAGUCCCCCAAACUGCCCCCACCAUCCUACGGCUUCGCCCCCGACGCCUGCGGCGAGCCCGCCGACCCCUGUCCGGCCCCCAGCUCGCCGUCUAAGUCCCCAGCCUCCUUUGAGAUCCCCGUCGGCUCCCCCGACGCCCACGGCGUGGACGGGGACGGGCUGAGCAAGCCGGCCAAGAAGAAGAAGACGCCACUGAAGACUGACACGUUUAGGGUGAAAAAGUCGCCGAAGCGGUCCCCUCUCUCGGACCCACCCUCUCAGGACCCCACGCCCGCGGCCACGCCGGAAACGCCGCCGGUGAUCUCGGCCGUGGUCCACGCGACGGACGAGGAGAAGCUGGCCGUCACCAGCCAGAAGUGGGCGUGCAUGACGGUGGACCUGGAGGCGGACAAGCAGGACUUCCCGCAGCCCUCGGACCUGUCCUCCUUCGUCAACGAGACCAAGUUCAGCUCCCCCACCGAGGAGCUGGACUACAGGAACGCCUACGAAAUCGAGUACAUGGAGAAAAUCGGCUCCUCCUUGCCUGACGACGACGCCCCGAAGAAGCCGGCGCUGUACCUGAUGUUCGACACGUCACAGGAGAGCCCGGUCAAGUCCCCGCCCGCCCGGCUGUCGGAGUCCCCCACGCCGUGUUCCGGGUCGAGCUUCGAGGAGGCCGAAGCCCUGGUGAACACGGGGGCCAAGGUCCCCCAUCUGGUGCCCCGAGGGCUGGCCCCCGCCCAGGAGCCGCACGUGCCGGUGCCAGUGCCGGAGAAGCCCGCCCAGGAGCUGGAGGCCAGGGCCGUGGGCGCCGCCGAGGCGAUCGAAAUCGCAGCUCCGGAGGGUGCCUUUGCCUCCGCGGACGCCCUGCUCAGCAGGCUGGCCGACCCGGCCUCGCUCUGUGGCGCGCUCGACUACCUGGAACCCGACUUAGCGGAAAAGAACCCCCCGGUGUUUGCGCAGAAGCUGCAGGAGGAGCUAGAGUUUGCCAUCAUGCGGAUCGAGGCGCUGAAGCUGGCCCGGCAGAUCGCGCUGGCUGCCCGCAGCCGCCAGGACGCCAAGAGAGAAGCCGCUCACCCAGCCGAUGUCUCCAUCUCCAAGUCAGCCCUGUACUCCCGCAUCGGGGCGGCGGAGGCGGAGAAGGCCCCCGGCCUCCUGUUCCAGCCGCCGGACCUGGACGCCGCGCUGCAGGUCGCCCGGGCAGAGGUCCUCGCCAAGGAGAGAGAGGUCUCCGAGUGGAAGGAGAAGUACGAGGAGAGCCGGCGCGAGGUCCUGGAGAUGAGGAAGAUCGUGGCCGAGUACGAGAAGACCAUCGCGCAGAUGAUAGGCAAGCCCGAGGACGAGCAGCGGGAGAAGUCGGUCUCCCACCAAACGGUGCAGCAGCUGGUGCUGGAGAAGGAGCAGGCCCUGGCCGACCUGAACUCCGUGGAGAAGUCCCUGGCCGACCUCUUCCGGAGAUACGAGAAGAUGAAGGAGGUGCUGGAGGGCUUCCGCAAGAAUGAAGAGGUGCUGAAGAAGUGCGCCCAGGAGUACCUGUCCCGCGUGAAGAAGGAGGAGCAGAGGUACCAGGCCCUGAAGGUGCACGCGGAGGAGAAGCUGGACAGGGCCAACGCUGAGAUUGCCCAGGUCCGGGGCAAGGCCCAGCAGGAGCAGGCCGCCUACCAGGCCAGCCUGCGGAAGGAGCAGCUGCGGGUGGACGCCCUGGAGAGGACGCUGGAGCAGAAGAAUAAAGAGAUCGAAGAACUCACCAAGAUUUGCGAUGAACUGAUUGCCAAAAUGGGGAAAAGCUAACUUUGAACCAAACGUUUGGACUGGACUGUUGCGUGCAACAUGCCCGUCGGCACCCUGCUGUGCUCCCAGGCCGGGACAGGCACUCCCGCUGCUGCGUCCGCACGGCCUUCCCUCGCUCAGCCCGGGACGUGGUCGUCCGCAGUGCGAAGGGGCCGUCCGCAGUGCGAAGGGACCGGCGGAAUUUCUUGCUGUGGGUUUGCGUUUUUCCGGGAUCGUUCAGAGCAAGUUGACCUCGGAGUUCCCGCAUCAGGGAGGUGGUCCCCGUCUCUCACGAAGGACACAGCCUGACCUUGGCCGUGCCCUUUGACCCUGAGUUCCCAGGGCGAGUGGCUCUUGGAUCUGACAUAAGCACGUUCCGCUGCACAGGGACUCUUGCCUUAAGGAUGUAACUUCAUCUGCGUUUGCCGAUUCGUUUUAAUAAGAAAAGAACAUGCAUGUUUCGAACACAGUUCUCUAUUGUAAAUAAAAGGUUUUUCUUUGGAUCUUG